AGCGGCCCAAUCCGCUUCCCGGCCCCCGUUCCGCGCCGCACCCCGGGACUCUCGGGAGCGGGGAGACGCUGACCCCGGCCGCGGCGCUGCGUGCGCCCCUGGCCCGGAACAAAGGCCGGCGCGGAGGGCGGGAUGGGACUCGCCAUGGCCGCCGUCCCGGACUGGAAGCGGCAGCUGCUAGCCCGGCGCCGGCAGGAGGAGGCAGCGGCCCGCGGCCGGGGGAAGGCGGAGCAGGAGCGCCUGGCCCAGAUGCCAGCCUGGAAGCGGGGACUCCUGGAGCGGCGCCGCGCCAAGCUCGGACUCGCCCCGGGGGACCCGAGCCCCGGGGCUGCGCAGGCGGAGCCCGGCCGGCCCGACCCCGACGAGUCCGCCGUCCUUCUCGAGGCCAUCGGGCCGGUGCACCAGAACCGCUUCAUCCGGCAGGAGCGGCAGCAGCAGCAGCAGCGGCAUGAAGACCUGGCAGAGAGGAAGCCCGGGCCGCCCGAGCCCCGGGAGCGCAGACCCAGCUCGGGGGAGUCUCGGGACCAGAGCCCCAGGGGCAGAGAGGCCAGAGAGGAGAGGCUGAGCCCCGGGGAGGCCGGGGAGAGGAGGCUGGGGGCUGGCGCGGCCCGGGAGUGCAGCCCCAAGCCUUGGGCAGCCCGAGACUGGCGGCAGAGCCCGGGGGAGGGAGGAGACCGGGGCUCCAGGCUGCCCGAGGCUUGGCGGUGGAGGCUGAGCCCCGCCGAAGCGCCGGAGCGGAGCCCGAGACCAGCGGAGCCCGGAGAGCAGAGUCCCGGCAGCCGCGAGGUGGCGGAGGGGAGGCUGGGCCCCGGGGAGCCCGGCAGCCCGAAUCCGGGCCUGGCAGAGCCCUGCGCGCGGGGCGCUGGCUCCAGAGAGGCCCGGGAGCACAGCCUAGCGCGCCUGGAGGCGGCAGAGUGGAGGCUGCACGCGGGAGGAGAGAGAGAAGACCUCGGGGAGGAAUGUGGGGGGAAGGAGGAGCGCCCGGCUCCACGGGAGGCUCCGGAAGAGAUUUCGGGGUCCGCGGACACCCCGAGCGGAGCGCCCCAGGACAGCAUCUCCAGAGGCACGGAGCCGGCAGAACAGAGGCCCCGCCCCGUGGAGGACGGAGAGAGGGGCCUGAGGGCCACCGAAGGGUGGAAGUGGACGCUGAGCGCUGGGAAAGCUCGAGAGCGGACAGCCAGGGACUCGGACGCUCCGGGCCCGAACGCAGAGCCUCCCGGGCCCGCUGCGCAGCGGCUGGAGCCUCAGGGCGUGGAGGCUGGGGAAGGCGAGGCCGAGGAGGCGGCGGCGGCGGCUCAGAGCGGGCCUCCGACAGGCUCCCAGGACCUCGGCGCGGCGGCGCCCUGCCCCCUGCCCCCAGAGGACGCCGGGACCGGAGCAGGCUCGGGGCAGCGGCAGGAAGGGGAAGCAGCAGCGCCGCAGCCCCCACCCCCAGCCCCGGCUGCCCCCCAGCCCGCCGCGGAUCCCCUCAUGAGCCGCCUGUUCUAUGGGGUGAAGGCAGGGCCGGGGGUGGGGGCCCCGCGCCGCAGCGGACACACCUUCACGGUCACCCCGCGCCGCGCCGCGCCCCCCGCCAGCCCGGCCCCAAGCGAGGCCGCGGCCCCGGGCGCUGGGAAGAAGCGCUACCCGACUGCCGAGGAGAUCUUGGUGCUGGGGGGCUACCUCCGGCUGAGCCGCAGCUGCCUGGCCAAGGGGUCCCCCGAGAGACACCACAAACAGCUCAAGAUCUCCUUCAGCGAGACGGCCCUGGAGACCACGUACCAGUACCCCUCCGAGAGCUCGGUGCUGGAGGAGCUGGGCCCAGAGCCCGAGGCCCUCGCGGCGCCCAGCGCCCCAGCGGCCCAGCCGGACGACGAAGAGGAUGAGGAGGAGCCGCCGCCCGGGCUGCGGGGCGGGCUGCGCACCAAGGCGCUGCUCGUGGAUGAGUCCUGCCGGCGGUGACCAUCUUCCGGCGCGGGCGCGGCCCCCUCUGACCUGCCCCGACCCAAAGAUGCGCCUGGAGGGAAGGGUACCGACCUGCGGCGCCUCACUGCCCACCCCGCCGGGGCAGAGCCCACGCCGGCCCCGUGCAGGCGCGCCCUGCCCUCCUGUGUUUACACGCCCGCCUUGCACCAGCACGGUUGACAGUGCACGCCUGCCAGCCCCGCCGCCAGCGUCCGGGGUCGCGGGCCGGGCCGAGGCGUGGCUUCCUCCAGCUUCGCUCAGUGUUACUGUGCCUCGGUUUCUCCUGGAGGGAAGGCUGGGCCUCACCCGGGCCCUGGGAGUUACUGAGUGCGCCUCCUAGUGGCUCACACCUGAACUGCCGCGGCCGGGGACAGGAGCCCCGGCGUCCUCUCCCGCCGCUCCUCUAUCGAGGGCCGAUUGUGUUUGUUUUUUAACUUUCCAUAAUAAAAUGGAGUACGCUCCAA